AUGUUUUUACAAAAGAAUUCACACUGUAUCCACAUUAUUGGUGGAGACUUCAAUGGUUGGCAUCCUUUGUGGGGUUCACCUCGAGCCAACCGACGAGGAAAUAGCAUUGUAGAUCUUAUCACAACUAAUAAUCUCAUUAUUUGUAAUUCUGGUAGUCAUCCAACUUUUGAAACUAUAACUCAUGGCAUACAUCGGGAAUCGAUUAUUGAUCUCACGCUCACACUCAACUCGCCACCAAAUCAAGUACUAAACUGGAAAAUUACCAAAGACCCAAGUCCAUCAUCAAGUCAUAAUGAGCUCGAAAAUUACGUGUCAAAAUUAACUUUAGCUAUACAAAAUGUCUGCAAGAAGUUAUUUUCACAAAAAUGCAAUUUCACACAGAGAGCCCCGUGGUGGAGUGAUAAACUAGAGGAGUUAAAACAAAAAGUAUUAAAGAAUCAUCACAAACUACAGAAAUUAAAACGCGGCAAAAAAUCCCUGACGGAGGCAUUAAUUGAAAAGGAAUCACUAAAAAAUGAAUAUUCACAAGCAAUCAGUGCUGCAUCUACAGAACACUUCAGAGAAUUUUGUAACAAGCAAGGAAAGGAGGACGUUUGGAGUGUUACGAACAGGUUGCUUAAAACAACACCUUUAUCACAACCUCCUUCAACCCUCAAAAAUAAAUCUGGACAUUACACCUGUACUACCCAAGAGACCGCUGAAACUUUUCUUAAGGAAUAUUUCCCUGAAGAUGAACCCGACACAGAUCCACGGCACAUUAAAAUAAGAAAACUCUCCGAAAAAAUACCAGAAACACCACCAGAGCCCUUAUUCACAACAGACGAAGUGCUACAUGCACUGGCUUCCAUGAACCCUAAUAAGGCACCAGAAAUAACCAAACACCAACAAACAUCUAAAUUCCUCCCAAAUGAUAUACAAUUAGAAAUUCCUGCUGCACCAGCGGAACUCCUGCACCCAUCUGAAAGAAUAGCAAUAAAGUUUCUUGAAGUCACAUGCCAGGAAGAAAUUGAACAACAGGAAAUUUCAGCGUUCAAAAAUUAUAAUCCUGAAACUACACCAUAUGAUAGCCCUGGUCGAGCCCAUCAAAACGAGCCCGGGUGCGGAGCUGUAGGCCCAUGCGUUCGGGAGUUACAGCGCAUUAACCCUAAUUUUGGCGGCCAUCUUGUUCGAAAACCAUUAUUUGAAAGCGCUGUAACUUGGGAACAUAUUGGGCUAGGUAUACCGAGUUGGGGUUCCUUGAAUAGGGCUCGAGGAGUGCUGUUAGGUGGUGUUUAG